AUGAUGAGGCUUAUACCGAUUGGAACUGAAGGAAUGGUUGAAAAAAUCGUUCAAUUGGGUCCAAUGAAAUUCAUACAAGUUUCACAACAUAUAUUAGAAAGAAUACCGAAUAACAUUGAUAUCGCAGAUGUAUUGGACGCAGAAGAACGGGCGAAAUUGUUCGGAAAUUUACAGACUGAUCCUGCAUCGGAACUUGCUGUUUUUUUGACUAUAAGCGAAUUGUGGAAAAACAUUGCAUAUUAUCAGCCUAAAUUGCAACCAUUGCUUGAGAAUUUAGAGAAAGUUGGAUUUGAUGCUGAAAUGAGAAAUGCAAUCGUAAAAGUUUGGUCAGAAAGCGGCUGGACGAUUUCAGACCGGUUACGUAAUAUUUCGUUUUCUGGACGUCCUAAUGUUAGAGAUGUCGAAUGGGUGCUACGCAUGAAUGUCGCAAGUAGCGAUAAUCCAGUGAUGCGUACUGCAGAAGCAAUUUUACAUUUUGACACAGAUCAGGGCUCAAAAAUUGUGGAGCUGAACAGAAGCAAACUUGUAGAACUUUAUAUGAUGUUGCAAGAAGUACAAAAAAGUUUGGAUGUUUUGCUUGAAAGGUUCGCAAGUUCACAGAUCAAUAUGGGUUGA